AUGGAGGAUUAUAGGGAGUUAAAGGAAGUUAUAGAUCAAAUAGAGCUCGUUGAUGCUCACGCGCACAACAUUGUCGCUCUCGACUCGUCUUUUCCGUUCAUCGGGACUUUCUCGGAGGCUACCGGCGACGCUUUAUCCUUCGCCCCUCACUGUUUCUCCUUCAAGAGGAACUUGAGGGAAGUAGCUCAACUCUAUGGCACUGAAGUAACUUUAGAAGCGAUUGAGGAACAUCGUAAAACCUCGGGUUUGGAUUAUUUUACUUCCAAGUGUUUUAAAGAAGCUCGAAUCUCUGCUCUGCUCAUUGAUGAUGGACUGAAGCUUGACAAGAAGCAUGACAUUGAAUGGCACAAAAGCUUUGUUCCGUUUGUUGAUCGAGUGUUGCGAAUCGAAACUCUGGCCGAGGAAAUCCUCGACGAGGAGAGUCCUCCUGAUGCUUCUUCUUGGACUUUGGAUUCUUUCACUAAAACCUUUGUUGAAAGAUUAAAUUCAUAUCCUUUUUGUCUGGUGAGUAAAGAAGUUGCUGAGAAAGGCCUUGUUGAAGUCUUGCAAGCUGGAAAGCCUGUGCGUAUUGGAAACAAAGCCUUGAUUGAUUACAUUCUUACUCGUAGUCUGGAGGUUGCUGAACAUUGUGACUUGCCCUUGCAAAUUCACACCGGUUUUGGUGACAGGGAUUUAGAUUUGCGUUUGGCCAAUCCGCUUCACCUUAGAACCCUACUUGAGGACAAAAGAUUUGCAAAGUGUCGUAUAGUUCUUCUUCAUGCAUCUUAUCCAUUCUCAAAGGAAGCAUCAUUUCUUGCUUCAGUUUAUCCUCAGGUUUACCUAGAUUUCGGAUUGGCGGUUCCAAAGCUUAGUGUCCACGGUAUGGUGUCUUCAGUUAAGGAGCUCCUUGACUUAGCCUCAACAAAGAAGGUGAUGUUCAGCACUGAUGGGUAUGCAUCUCCUGAGACCUACUAUUUAGGUGCAAAGAAAGCACGUGAGGUCAUCUUCUUAGUUCUACGUGAAGCCUGUGCCAGUGGAGACCUCUCACUCACGGAAGCUAUUGAUGCAGCUAAAGACAUAUUUUCAAGAAAUGCGAUAGGAUUUUAUAAGCUUAAUAUCGACACAGAUUCUUCUAGUCCACCUAGUAGAAUCUCUUCCAAAUCAGAGAUGAAGGAGCCUGAUGUUCAAGAAGAUAGUAGUUCUUUUGUACGCAUUAUUUUGGUUGAUACAUCUGGACAACAUAGAUGCCGUGCUGUUCAAGCGCAGCGUUUUAACAAAAGCGUAUCGAAGAAUGGUGUUGGUCUGCCUCAUGCAGUAAUGGGGAUGCCUUCAUUUACUGAUUCACCAGCAGAAGAGACUAAAUUAACGGGUGUGGGUGAGGUUAGACUGGUUCCAGAUCUAUCAACCAAGCGGACAAUACCGUGGACGAAGCAAGAGAGCAUGGUUUUAGCUGACAUGCUCGUGAAGUCUGGUGAAGCAUGGGAGUACUGUCCAAGAGAGACCUUAAGAAGAGUCACAAAAGUUCUUAAAGAUGAAUUUGACUUGGUAAUGAACGCUGGUUUUGAAAAUGAGUUUUAUCUCCUCAAGAAUGUUGUGCGGGAAGGGAAAGAAGAGUAUGUACCUUUUGAGUCCUUUGGUCCUUACUGUUCCUCAUCCUCAUUCGAUGCUGCAUCUCCGAUAUUUCAUGACAUUGUACCAGCGCUUGAGUCCUUGAACAUUGUUGUUGAACAGUUUCAUGCUGAAGCCGGGAAAGGUCAGUUUGAAGUAUCUUUGGGAUAUACUGUUGCAUCGAACGCUGCCGACAAUCUUGUUUACACACGUGAAGUUAUAAGAUCGGUCGCAAGAAAACAUGGAUUGCUCGCAACCUUUGUUCCAAAGUAUGAUUUAUGUGACAUUGGUUCUGGAUCACAUGUCCAUCUAAGUCUUUCGAAAAACGGUGAAAAUGUCUUCCCUGCAUCUGAUAAAUCAUCUGCUCAUGGAAUGUCAACUAUCGGAGAAGAGUUCAUGGCCGGAGUUCUGUUUCACCUUCCUUCAAUCUUAGCAGUUAUAGCUCCACUUCCAAACAGCUAUGACCGACUCCAACCUAAUACAUGGAGUGGAGCAUUCCAUUGCUGGGGCAAAGAAAACCGAGAGGCGGCAAUAAGAACUGCUUCUCCACCGGGAGCUCCUGAUGGUUUAGUUACUAACUUUGAGAUCAAAUCUUUUGAUGGCACUGCUAAUCCUCACUUUGGUUUGGCCGUUAUAAUGGCUGCUGGAAUUGAUGGUCUCCGGCGACACCUCCAACUCCCUGAGCCAAUAGAUGUAAAUCCGGCUGAUGUGGCUGCUAAGUUGAAGAGACUUCCUGAAUCGCUCUCAGAAGCUGUUGAUGCUCUGGAUAAAGACCAAGUCCUCCAUGAGUUGCUUGGACAAAAGGUUUUAGUUGCCAUAAAAGGUGUCCGAAAGGCUGAGGUCGAGUACUAUUCGAAGAAUCCUGAUGCAUCUAAACAACUCAUUCACCGAUACUAA